AUGACAGCCUCCGCCCCUACACCCCACCCCUCCGCAAUCCCCAAGACCGACCCCCAAAAGCGCGAAGCACAGAACUCAAGUAGCAAUGAACAGCAAGCAACCAUGACACCAAAUCUCAUCCCCGAGGUUCCACGCCCAAAGCUCCGCCUCCACAUCGAAGACCUCCGCCACGCAGCCUCAAGCUCCUUCCUCACCCUCAUCCCGGACGUCGCAUCAACCCUCGACGAAGCCCUAGCAAACAUCAUCAAAUACCUCUACACCCCACCCCCCAACUCCAGAACCAAACCCCAACCCUCCUUCACUCCCAGCAUCCCCGCAACAAGGUCAGUAACUGUCUUUCUCCGCGACUACAGCGGCGUAGCCUACACAACAGGCACAGAGCUCGACGAUGCGCACAAGGAGAUCCACGUCUCCCUCCCGUACAUCGAGGACUGCACAUCCGGCCCGUCUGCGAAAGAGGAUCCGCUGCACGAACUGGUCGGGGUCCUGACUCACGAGCUUGUGCAUUGCUACCAGCACACCGCGCCGCCUGAUAGUGCUGAAACCGGAGAUGAGAAGAUGCCCCGGCCGCCAGGCGGGCUGAUCGAGGGUAUCGCUGAUUUCGUGCGGCUUAAGGCUGGGCUGGAGCCGCCGCACUGGAAACGGCCGGUGUCGGCUGCGGAUCGGCCGCCCAAGUGGGAUAUGGGGUAUCAGCAUACUGCGUACUUCCUGGCGUGGCUUGAGGAUGUUAGGGUGGGGAGAGGGGCUGUGGGAUUGUUGAAUGAUCGGCUGUUGAGGGUUGGGUACCUUGGUGAAGGGGAAAGGGAAAAUGUGGGUGAACAGGACUUACCAUUCUGGAAAGGUCUGUUUGGGGUUGGGGUUGAUGAUUUAUGGGAGGAGUAUGGCCGGUAUCUGGAUGACCCUGCUGAGGGGAUUGUGGGCAGAAAUAGUGGGAAUUGGGAAGACGAGAUUCUUGAUCCAGCUUGA